AUGGAUUCGGAUAUCUCUCAGGAAUCAAAAGCCAGUCUUGAGGAGUCCUUGGAAGAUCUGUCAAUUAGCAAUAAGGGACCACAACCGACUCGUCCCCGACUGAACGUCAAGCAGACAGCCACGAAAUCGAAGGCCAAGAAGGAGAAAGUGGCCGAUUCGUGGGAAGAUGAGCUUUCCUCCGGCUCGGAGACAGAGAGAGAGGAAGCAGCGACGACGAGCGCUGCUAUCACCCCGUCAACGACAAACACGUCAGAGGGACCACUAGCACCUCCGCCAACACCGAUAUCUCCACAGGAAGACGUUCAGAAAACGCAGCCAUGGCUUGCCUAUAGCUACGGCUCGAGCCCAUCCGCAACCUCAUCUUCCAGACGACCCUCAGAACCGCAGCGAAGACCCGAGAAACAAACUGCUGUAGCGAGCAGGAUGAUUGCCGGAGCUCUGGGCAUUCGGGCCCCGAAGCGGACAGAGGAGCAGCGCGCAUACGACCGCGCGAUGAAGGAGAAUGAAAUCAAACGGCGCAAUCGUGCUAAGGAAGAGGAGGCAAGAGCCAGGGAGGAAGAGGAGCGAGCAAAGGCUGCUAUCUGGAAUGACUAA